CCUGAGAGCAGGUGCAACUUAGAGCCUCCGGUACGGAUGAGGGCCGACCGCAGGGCGUCACUGCCGUGUCCGGCGACUCUGUCAGCGAUGCAUCUGGCGCGCCUCCACUCCUCCACCGAGGCUGCUGUGACGGCGAAGGUCCUUCUCAAACGCUCGUCCUUACGCAACCUCCUGCCGGUGCCUCAGGAGGUCCCCGUCCCGGGUGCCACCCCGGGCGCCACACCGGGCGCCACCCUGGGCGCCACACCGGGCCCCACACCGGGCGCCACCGAGCGGAGACCCUCGCUCACGUCUGCCAUCCCUGACGUCACGCCGCCCGAGAGGAGGGGCCAUUUCAGGAGACGCAACGUCAUGUCGUUGAGCGAUGCCUACAGUGUGUGUCUGAUCUGUCAUAAUGAGCUGAGUCGAGGCUCUGGGACCAGAGAGCUGCAGUGUAAUCACACCUUCCACAAAGAGUGUAUAGAGGAGUGGUUGUGGAGGAAGCAGUCCUGUCCUACGUGCCACGUUCAGGUGUCCGUGCCUCAGCCCGCCUACUGGAGCUCCACCCGGGCCAAAGUCCCCUAAAACCCCCGGCUGUUACGUCAUCAAACGUCCCCAAAACUCUUCACAUGGGACCUGAAC